CUUUUUUUUUUCUAUUGAGAAUGGAAGCGAAAUCGGAGCCAAGCAAAUCGAGCGGCGGCGCGUGGGCCCACCUCGCGGCCGUCCGGAGACGGUCACCAUUGGUGCAGUGCAUUACCAACUUCGUCUCCAUGGAUCUCGCCGCGAACACCCUUUUGGCCGCCGGCGCUUCUCCAGCGAUGGUUCAUUCCGUCGCCGAGACCUCCGACUUCACGCCUCAUGUCGACGCGCUUUGCAUCAACGUCGGGACGCUUACGCCGGACUGGGUUACGUCCAUGAAGUCCGCCGUAGGAAUCGCGACUCGGCUUGGGAAACCAUGGGUUCUCGACCCAGUUGCCAUUGGUUGUUCGAAUUUCAGGUUAAAUGCGUGUUUGGAGCUGGUAGAGCUUAAGCCUACUGUUAUCAAAGGAAAUGGGUCCGAGAUUAUCGCUCUUUCUGCGGCUUCUUUGGGUCAGGCCAAGGGUGCAGAUAGCUUCCAUGAAUCUACAGACGCCAUUGAAGCUGCAAAAUCAUUGGCCAGGAAAAGUGGUGCAGUAGUUGCAGUCUCAGGAGCUGUUGAUAUCGUUACCAAUGGAAAUCAGGUAAUAGGAGUUCAUAACGGGACAGCCAUGUUGCAAAAGAUCACUGCAACUGGAUGUUCUCUGGCUGCUCUGGUCGCAGCAUUUGUUGCCAUUGAUCCAUCACAAGCACUGGAAGCUACAGUUUCAGCUCUAUCUAUCUUUGGGAUCGCUGGCGAGUUGGGAGAAGCCAUGGCAAAAGGUCCAGCUUCCUUGAGAAUGCAUUUGAUAGACUGCCUUUAUGGAUUGGACGAAACCACUGUGCUUAACCAUGCCAAUAUCGUGAAGUUGGAGUAAUGCUUAUCAGUUCCAAUAUGUGGGCUUUGUAAAUGACAUUCCUCUUUAACGUCUAGCUGUAGGGAUUCUGGAAUUUCCUUGUGGCUGCUCUAAGAGGUAAAUGGAAGUGGAUUAUAUAGGAAUAAAAGCGGGGAAGGGAUCGGUUUUUGAUGGUCGAAAGGGUAUUAUUGUUCUGGUCUGGCUGGUUGUCUACUGAUAUUCGCUUUUAUGUUUCGGCUAUUAUUGAUCUGUUGCUUGGUCAAUUUCUUAUUCUAUUAUCGUAUCUUGGCAAACCAUGUCAAAACCUUGAUUAGAUUUUACUGCAUUGAGAUUCUGUUGGCUGGAUAACA